CUCCCGAUAACGCAUCAUACACUCCUUUGGCCAGCACAGCACUCCAAGUAUCUGAUAAUACUUCAAGGGUUCUGUAGGAGCGCCAUUGGGACCCCCCUCUAUCUCUUCCAACCCAUCACAACACCUCACGCACGAUGACACGCACAACUGCACGAAUAGCUUCGUCUGUGAUCACAGUAAAAGCGAACCGUCCUCCACCCAACCUUACAAUCCUGCGCAAACUCGAAAAAGCGUUAGCUAACGAUAAACUCUCCCUCGAGAACAAGAAAUGGAUUACAAAGCCAUACUACCAGGCACUUUUCAAACUCUCAUCACAAAACCUUGCGUCGGAACAAUUCUCAGUUAGCUGGGUGCGGCAGCGCUAUGUAGAACAGGAGACCGCAAGAAGGGAAAGACAGGCAGCGAAGAAGGUUGAUGUAAUAAAUCAUUUCCGAGAGAAGAGACAGCGAGAGAAAGGGCUUAGGGCCCUGGCGACGCCGGUGAUACGGUUCGGCGAGAAAGAGGUGUUUCUACCAAAAGCUGUAAUAGCCCUACUACGCACACCGAAUCUUUCCCCAUUUCAAGCACGCUUCCACGUCCCUCUCAACUUCUCUAAAUUCGAUCUCCGCGAUUACCUCUAUCACGGCUACGGCGUUAAAGCCAUCAACAUUACCUCAUAUGUUGAGCAACAGCCGGUCCAAGACCACGUUGAUGCUCCACGACGUUGGUUCCGGCCUACGGCGAAAAAGUUUAUGACAAUUGACAUGGAUAGCCCGUUUGUAUGGCCCGAGGACCCAAAGAGCUGGGCGCCCUGGGGAAAGAAGGAGAAAGAUGAAGAGGUGGAGAGGAAUGUGGACGAAGCAAGAGAGCCUGGGCAGAAGAAGGGGGAUAAGAAAAUGUUGAAGAAUCAAGCAUUGGAGCUGCUGAGGGGCAAAGUUCAGUGGGAGCCGACGAGGAGCCCAUUGCAAGCUCACGGCGAGUAUAAGAUUAGAGUUUGAGUAGACUUGAAAGAGAAUUAUCGCCUAGAAGAGCGAUAGCUGGACGACGUCGAUUCAACUGAGACAAGAAGAGUACGCGUGUUUGAUUAGAUGAAGAUCAUGAACGGAGUGUAUUAUGAGUGUAUGUAUCCGGUAGACUUGGACAUUCAUAAAGCGAG